AUGUCGUCUCCUCUCAUCGGCAUCUCCAAAUCCAACUCGACUGCGUCCGCCUCAGGGCGCUCGACCAAGUCGUACGACUCCAUCAAAGUCCUCGGAGCAUUCGCCCUCGGCAGCCUACGCGUCGUCUGCCACGACGAUCCUCCCCGCAUGUCGUCCGGUGACGACGGAGACGGCGGUCCUCCGCCGCUGGACCCCCCAGUAUCAGCUCCCAAGCCAAAGAGGCAGUCUCACUCUCGGUCGCCCAAGAAUGUCAUGGCGCACUCGCUCGGCGGCGGCGACGUCGUCGUCGUUCUUCAAAUGCCCAAGGACUACAUAGUCGGCUACGACGCUCUGGCCUUCACUGCCACCGACUUCGCCGGAGUCAGGGGAUUGCCGCCAGGCGCUCACUUCUUCUGGGCGGCGAAUUCAGAAAACACGUCGUCUCGCUCUGGCUUCUGGGUCAUGAGCUCAGGCGUCGACCGAGUUCACGUCAUUCAGUGGCACAAGUACAACGAGGUAUUCGUGCAGCCGACCCGCACCGAGACGCGCAUCCAGGCCGAGAAUGUCGACGAGAUCUUCCCCGACCUCCCUUUCUAUCGUGACCCGACUGCCACGUCGGCUUUGCGCGGGCAGCUGGCGUGGUCCAAGAUUGAGGCGAACCAGCACAUGUGGGAGCAGCUAUCCUCCAGCAUCACUCAGUCUGUUCUUGACCGCCUCACGGCCGAACAGGACGGCGCUUGGAACGUCCACACUGGCGACCGGGUCUACGGUGCCGUCAGACAUCCCUCCGAGCUGGACCUGGACAGGAGACUCAAGCACCCCGUCUUCCAGUCCCACGAGAUCAAAUUUUGCUUUCGGCAGCAGGAUCGAACCUAUGACGUCUCCACAUUGGGCCGUGACCGGACCGUCAAUGCCACAGACACCACCUCCUACGUCCUCACGGCCAUCGAUGGCUCGCGCCACAACCUGACCGAAGAGGACGUUGUCGGAGAGUAUCAGUUCGCCUACAUCGUAGGCAUGUAUCUGGGAAACGACGCCUGUAUCCAGCAGUGGUGGCAUACGACUUUGGCGCUCUUCCUCCGGGCGUACUGCCUUGCCAUCCGACGACCCAAGCUCGUUGCUGGCGUCUUUCGCACCCUGAGCGCGCAGCUCGCUCACAGCAGCAGCUGGCUGGAGACGUCCAUUCUGGAUAUGAACGAGCCCAACACCCGGGACCUGCGUAUUGCUCUCAUCAUCUACAAACGCCGGUUGAACGAGCUGCUGGAGGCUAUGGACAAGGAACGCAUCACCCCCGCCCACAUCGACGUCGGGAAUGCGUUCGCCAGGGUGCAGGCCUUUGUUACCACAGACCUUGGCUGGGACAUUGACGGCCAUUACCUUCGGGUUGGAAAGCUGAAUUUGGAAGAUGGCGAGGAGAUUGAGCUCGGCAUGGAUGAGCUACAGGAGGAAGACGAACGAGGCGAGUGGGCUCCCGAAAUCGUCGAGCUCGACGAAGAGGGCCGACAGAUUGGCUUGGUAUCGUGGAGCGACUGA